AGACCAACAAUGGACUGUUGGCGAUUCUACAUCAUGGCUCAUACAGGCAAAAAGUGACCGGUCACCGUCCGAUAGCAUAGCACAUCCAGAUAAUGGGCUGGUCGCCAGUCAACAUCAUGGCUCAUACAGGCAAAAAGUGACUGGUCACCAUCCAAUGGCAUAACACAUCCAGAUACAGUAAUGUAAUGGUUGCCUGUCAACAUCAUGGCUCAUACAGGCAAAAAGUGACCGGUCACCAUCGAAUAGCAUAGCACAUCCAGAUCAUGGACUGGACGCCAGUCAACAUGAUGAUUCAGAGACGUAAAAAAUGACUGGUCACCAUCCAAUGGCAUAGCAUAUUCAGAUGAAAGAUUGGUCGCCAGUCAACAUCUUGACUCAGACAUAAAAAAUGACUCAGCACCAUCCAAUGGCAUAACACCAUGGACUAACCAUGGACCGGUCGCCAGUCAACAUCAUGGCUCAUACAGGCAAAAAGUGACCGGUCACCGUCCGAUAGCAUAGCACAUCCAGAUAAUGGGCUGGUCGCCAGUCAACAUCAAGGGUCAUACAGACAAAAAGUGACUGGUCACUAUCCAAAGUUCCAAAGUUGACGUCACCAUGGUUACAAGUCCAGGGAAGGAUGACGUCACGUGCGUGCGAGCCGAGUCAUGUUGUCUGCACUUUGGCAUUUUGGUCUCAUAGUGAUUUUUGUCCUUCUACAAACACACCGCCGCGCAUGCGCACAUGGGCGCGCGUGACGACACCCAUCGAGGGCGUGGACGCGCGGUGAGGAGAGAGCGGUGCGCGCACGCACGCACGCACGCCGCCUGGCAGUCACGGCGGACGAGAAAGAAGAAGAUAAAGAAAAAGAAAAGGAAGAAGAAAAGAUGCGGCGAGGAAGAGGAGGAAGAUGGCCGUGAUUCCCACCACGCCGCGCGCGCGUCACUAGGCAACAUGGGCUGCAUCGGAUCCAGAAGCAUCACAACCGAUGCGGUGCCGGUGCGCAAAGAUGGAGAUCAGCAUGGCCGUGCAGAGUUUUCCUGGGAAGCAAUCAAUCUGUCCAUGGAGGACACCACGUCCAUCCUGCCGCGACUCAAGAGGAAGUCGGCUAACUCUUACGGCAUCGGCGCCCUGGCUAAGUCGUCUCUGACAGGUGUGUCAGGCGUGUCCCGCUCCAUGAAGGACAAGGUGACCAAGCCCACCGCCAUGGCGCAAGGUCGCGUGGCGCACAUGAUUGAGUGGCAGAGCUGGGGCAAACCCUCAGCAGGGCCGCCGGGGGGCGCCGGCCGCAGCAACCUGCAGCGUGAGAAAGAGCGGCGCCUGGAGAACGACGCCUACAGCGACCUGAGCGACGGCGAGAAGGAGGCGCGUUUCGCCGCAGGCAUCAUGCAGCAGCUGGCCAUCUCCGAGGCCACGCUUUUCGGAUGGGCGUCCGCGGACGACAACAUCGCCUGCGACUCGCAGCGCGGCAGCGUGGCGCACCUCAGCGACGUUAACCAGGACAGCAUCACCAGCAGAGACCAGAUCCUCCACCAGUCGUCGGGCGACGUGUGGCCGCACACGUACGUGUCGCAGGGCCUCUACUGCCUGUCCUCGUCGGACGCGUGGGAGCCCAUCACCAGUCAGCCUUCGGGCUUGGCCUCACCGGCCGCAGGCUCCUACAUCAUGGCCGCGGGCAGCGGCGCAGGCAGCACGCCGGCCGAGGGCUACGAAGCGACGAUGGGCGCUUUCCUUCAGCAGCACAACCAGCUGCAGCAACUGCAACAGCUGCAGCAGCUCCACCAGUACCAGCAGCAACAGCUGCUGCAGUACCAGCAGCAACAACAGGUGGCGUUACCAACAUCGCUACAUAGCACCUCCCAUUCCCUGCAAGCCACGCCCAACAGCACCAUCCACAGCCUGGGGCUCCCCGCUCAUCCCCGUUUGGCCGACCUGUGGGGGGCGGCGCAAGUCGAGGCCCACCAGGUGGAGAUGCAGUUGAGCGGACACGUGGCGGACACGUUGGGUUUUGAGGGCGAGACGGACGCCGAACGCUUCAGACACGAUGACGAGGAAGAGGAACUCACCAAGACGGAGGAAGUCACACUGACCUUAGAGCCCAAGCCGUGCCCUCUGACCUUGUCCUCGCCGUCCACGAGAGGGCCCAGCCCGGGGACGCCGGCUGAGCGGAUCCCCUUCGACGCGACGCCGUGCCUCGUCCAGUCGCUGGAGGAGAAAAAGGACGAUGACCCGGAUGAGGGCGGCGCCGCGGUGGUGGUGGUCGCCACCAACUAACGUCAAAAGACAGACAAUUAUACAAUAGCCCAAUAAGCAAUCCCGAUAUUAUCCGAGUCCUGCCCUCUUCCUAACUCGCUGGACGUGAGGAAUAUUAAUCAAGCAAAAAAAUAUCUUUGGACAUUCUUGGGGGACCGAUGACCAGCAGACAAGGGGUGGAAGCAACAAACGCACACAAGAGGCGGGACUAACAAGUUGUGUCAAUCAUUCGCAACUUCCUGCUGGCGUGGCUAACACGCAAUGUUACAAUGUAUACAAGGUGAUAACAUAUAUAUAAUUGCUUUUUUAAUAAAGAGGA